UAAGAAAUCACUUUCAGUCCCAUAACGUCAACAAGUCGGCGAGUGCGAGCGACUGCUGGAUAUUUCCUGCAGAAUUUUACAAACUGAAUUCAGAACAUCUAUGCUACAUGAACAAUGGAAACACCACAAGAUUGUGGUGAAGUGCUGUCACAACUGCAAGCUCGUCUUGUUAAGAUAAAAGUUGAUCAAAAUGAAGCAGAUGAAUCAUUGUCAAACUUUACACAAGAACAUGGAGAGCUUGUUGAGAGACUUCAGAUCAAAGAACCUAUUCAGCCAUCAGGUGCUAUAUUGAAACACUACAGGUACAUCCUGCCUCUGGUAAAGGAGAUCCACCACAUCGAGCUGAAGAUCAAGGACAAACAAAAGGAAUACGAGAGACGAAAGAUGGAAAAUCAAUUUGUUCAAGAACAAAAUGAUCUUCUCACUGAUUGUCUACCAGCAAGUUACUCCACGUUAAAAAUGUGGUCAGAAAGCCUAAGACAACUGAGAGCAGCCCAUUCAGAGACAGAUAAAAGCUCAACAACUCCCGAGUCCAGCACCGUCAGUAACGUGACCUACUCUCUUGAGCGUCAGGGAGAGAACGUCCUUGAACUUCUGGGGUUCACAGUCCUGUGUCAGCACGUGCACAUUCAAGUGAUGAUCAAGGCUACAUCUUUGUGGCCCUGUGUACACGUCGGACGUCCACAACCUCUCGCUGUGGGGGUCAAGAGCGACACCUUCGUACCUGGGCUCAAAGAAGCUGUCGUGUCAGCUUACAGAGAGAGGCGCAGUGUGACGGAACUUGUCGCCCUUUUGGCUGAAUACAUCACACAAGAUAUGGCGCCUUUUGUUAUUGUCUGCCCCAUGAAAAAAGUGAAAAAGAAAAAGAAAACGAAAAUAAAUGACAAGUAGGCCUAGCCUUUUAUAUAUAUAAAAU